UGUUGUGUUGUGAGCGCAGUGGGCGAGGGCGUGAAGCGUGUUGUGGCCGAGUGCGGGGGGAGGCGUUUGACCGUUGGUCGAAAUAUUGUGAUGUGACGAGUGCGUGAAAAAUUUUUCUGGGUGGCAGAAUGACCUCAGGCCAGGUGUCUGCUUCCGAGGAUUGCGAUUCAGAUGGCUCUCUCAGCUGGGAGGAUUUCUUUGGCUCGUCGCCCUCGGCGGACCUGGUGCCCACCCUGCUCGGCAUGUACGACGCCCUGGUGGGGCGGCCGUCGCAGGCCUCCCCCCGCGGCCAGGCCUCGGCCCGCCCCGGCGCGCGCCCGCUCAGCGCCAGCUCCAUCGCCUCCUCCACGUCGUCAUCGUCGUCCUCGGGCACCAGCAGCUUCUGCGGCGACGGCAAGCUGCUGGGCUCGGCGCCCAAGUCGUCCGCCUACCUGGCGUCCAUCGAGUCGCUGGAGGACAGCGACGAAGACGCCGAGGAGCGCCGCAAGAGGUUCACCGGCUCCCAAGGCUCCGGGGACAGCGGCGUGUACAGUCCCUGCAGCAACGUCAGUUCCUCGUGCCCGCCGCCGGCCAGGCCUCGCUGCUGCGACCCCCACCUCAGCUACAUGGACCGCAUCGUGAUGGAGGUCGUCGAGACCGAGAGAGUCUACGUGCACGAUCUGCAGCAGAUCAUCGAGGGCUACCUGCGCAGGUGGCGUUCAGCAGCGGACUGCCCCGUCUCCGAGAAGCAACUGGCUGACCUGUUCAGCAACAUUGAGGACAUUUACAACUUCAACAGUGGCUUCUUGAGGGAGCUGGAGCUGUGCGGACUGGACCCGGCGCGGGUGGCGCGGGUGUUCGUGGGCAACAACGCCGGCUUCUCCGUGUACACCCAGUACUGCACCAACUACCCCAGGACGGUGUCGGUGCUCACGGAGCUGAUGAGGCAGGAGGCCACGGUGUGCUGCUUCAGGGAGAGGCAGUCCAGCCUGCGCCACACCCUGCCGCUCGGCUCCUACCUGCUCAAGCCCGUCCAGCGGAUCCUCAAGUACCACCUGCUGCUGCAGAACAUCGUGAAGAACUCCUCGGGGGAAGCAGCAGGCUACUCGGACAUCGUGGAUGCGCUGGCGGCCAUGACGGGCAUCGCUCACCACAUCAACAACAUGAAGCGGCGACACGAGCACGCCAUCCGAGUGCAGGAGAUACAGUCUCUCCUCUACGGCUGGGAGGGCGAAGAUCUGACAACGUUCGGGGAGCUGUGUGCGGAGGGAACGUUCCGGAUGUCUGGGGCGAAAGCACUGCGGCAUGUCUUUCUCUUCGACAAGAUGCUUCUCAUCACGAAGAAGAAGGAAGAAGCUACCUUGGGCUACAAGGCUCACAUCAUGUGCUCAAACUUGAUGCUGAUAGAGAGCGUACCUGGGGAACCGUUCAGCUUCCACGCCAUCCCGUUCGACAAUCCUCGUGUGCAGUACACGUUACAGGCCCGCAACUUGGAGCAGAAGCGGGAGUGGACGCUCCAGUUGAAGCGAGUGAUACUGGAGAACUACAACGUGGUGAUCCCGUCGCAUGCUCGUCAGCUCGUCAUGGAGCUGGGGCAGAGCCGCACUGACGAUGAGAUAAUGGCGGAGAAGAGCACUCCGAAGCGACAACACUCUGCGCCAGAGUACCUGGAGAAGAGGAAGCAGGAGCGACAGCGCAGGAAGUCGGAGACAGGCCUGCGGAACAGGCUGCACCGCAGUAGGAAGUCCGAGGCCAGGAAUGUUGGCAAGUCCGAUGCGGACAGGCGUGAGCGGCGAGCUUCCAGCAGCAGUUGCGACCGCAGUCAGAGCAGAGAGCCCAGCUCCACCCCGAUCAAAAUUAAGGAGAGGUUUGGUAGCUGGAGGCGCAAGUCCGAGCCAGGCUGUUACACGAGUUCUGCCCCGGCCUCGCCGUCUCUAGAUCACAGCAAACUGAGCAUAGCUCACGACGACGGGACUCUCAACGUCGAAGCAGGUCUCGCGUCGCCAGAAAUACCACCAGAUCGCGGCCCAGGAGAGGAGAAUGCAAAUAGCAAUGUGGACAUCUCGCCGGGAUUACAGGUUGCUGCUGAAAGUGAUGGCGAGUUGGCAGAAAGUAAGGAAAAUAUAGCAGAGGCUGGCGAUGAAUCGAAAACACUCGAAGAUAUCGUAGGCCAACUGCUGAUGGAGAACUUAGAGUUCCAGAAGAUCCUCAAGAGGCAGCAGCGUCACUUGAAUCAGAGGAGUCGCUGGGUUCCUCCAGGCGUGAGCAAGCUCUCUAAGGACGAGACCAGUGAUGAUGACGAGGGUCUGUACGAAACAUUCGCUCCACCAUCUCCUGCUCCUUGCAGUUUGCAAGGGCCAGCUUAUCGAGCCCAUCGUCAUGCCCACAUGAGACUGUUGCGUAAUGAACAUAAAAUUCUCUCCUCGAGGCGAAAUGAAUUUCAUCCAGAAAGUGAUGGCGACUAUGUCACGUUAAUGUACCACAGGCAGAGCCAAAAUGCAUUGCUGCAAGUUCCAGGACAGAAACAUUCACCUUGUGUUCUUCGAAGCACUAAAUCUGCAGAUGCACUUGUAGGAGAUGCCAUAUUAAAUGCAGACGAAGAAAGGAAGAGUAGCAUUUGGGUCCAAAAUCAAUCGAGACUUGAGAAUGAAGAGCAGGAGGGUUUCGGAAACUAUGACAAUCUGGAGCGCAUCUGGGAGACAGUCCGCAAGCAGCAGGAGGAGAUCCAGGUCCUGGCGAACGCAGUUGAAGGUGACAAGCUGCCUCCAAGUGUUCCCCCGCGGGUGCUGAGUCCCAACUUGCCGGCGGUGUGGCUGAAACAACAAGGAGAGCACCUGGCGGUGUCCACUCAAAAGUCCGGGUCCCUGCCUCGCAGCUUUCAGGUGGGCAACGAGACAGAUAGAUCUAGUUUCAGGCCUCGGCUGCUGACCAGAGAUGGGAAACCAUGCUCGGACAGGCCUUUCACGAUCGCCUCGGACAAACCUCAGGAGAUAAACUUUGACGAUAUUGAGCGUUACAUCGAACAAAGUAACACAGCGCACACUCGAAACAGGUUCCCUCUUCACGGAGACACGACAGAAGAGGAUAGUACGACUGAAUACGCAACAACUCCCAACCGUAGCCUGGACGAGCUAAACGUCCAUCCCGACUACAAAAUCUACAGACCUAGCAUAUCAUUAAAAUACAUGAUAUCGAGCGUGAGUAGCAAGUUGGCAAGUUUGCGGGCGAGUUCGGAAACCCUCGAUGCGGAAACGGAGAGAGAAAAGAUCUUGCGGCGGGAAAGGCGAGCGAGCAAGUUCGUGCACGCUUUCGCUCGCCAGUACGGCAACAUGUUGCGGCAGCGUAUUCGGAAUCUCGUGGGCGACGAGACGGAAGAGAUUUACAACACUCCCAACCUCGCAACACCCGCCACUCACAACUCUCAGCUCCCCAUCUACAAACAAGGGAGCUCUAGCCUCGGUGCUCGAAUCGCACAUUGUUCAGACUACGCCAAUCCUCGCAUCCUCUUUCCGAACAUAGGGCAGAAGACGACCUCGGACAUGAAUUUCAAGUCUUACGUUCCCACCUGGUCCUCCAGCGAAGGAGAUAAAUCUUCAGCACAGAAUGCGGAUGUUUGCCGCAGAACGACCCCACCGCAGAGCGAGACGUGUCUCCCUCCGUCAAGCAUGAUGUCCGCCUCGCCGAGCUCGGAAGACUUCAACGUGAGCGACGGGUCGGCAGACAGCUACUACGAGAGGUCGUUCGAGGCCAUCGAGUCGCUGAUGGAGACGGACGCGCUGAGGGACUCGGCGGUGUUCAGCGACCAGGAAGAUGCGGCGGCCGACAAGCCUCGCAAGGUGCGGCCCCCGGUGCCCGCGAAGCCCCCGCGGCUGCGGCCCGAGGAGCGGCUGGUGCGGGGGCUGGAGGGCAUCAGCAGCUCCGUGCGCGAGAGGCGGCGCGAGCUGGAGCGCUGGAAGGCAUCGCGGGAGGACGACACCAGCUCCCAGCACUCCGCUGCAUCCACGGUGGUGGAGGUCAGGGUGGUGGAGGACGGCGGCACGGGAGGGGGCAAGGGCUGGGUCAGACACGUCAUCGGCAAGCUGCAGGGAGACGUCGUACACUUCUCCCUGAAGCACACCUAGCCCGCCAGUCCAGCGAUCUGCAGUCCCCUUUUAUUGCACAGUGUGAGCUGUGAAAUACAUGUUUCAUGGUAUUUCUAAAGCCUCGUUGACAUGGCGAUAAUUACUAUUGUUUUUGAUACUAUCACAAUACUCUCAUCUUGCAUAGUGGUGGAUCCAGGUGGCAAAAAUGAGUUGAUAGCCCCCUUCCCCAUCUCCUAUUUUUAAAAGCUUUGAUGGUCAUAAAAUGUGAGUUGGUACCAAAAAAACAGCUGGCUCUACCUCUGUUCUUGUUCUAAUAACAGUACACGUGCACUUCUGACAUCAUGUUGAGUUAUUUAGUUGAGAGAGUACAUACUCGUGAGAAUGCUCCACAUUAUCAUGUUUGUGUACUUUGCCUGAACACACAUUCCAUGUUGAUUAGUGUGUCUAAUAGUUGGCUUCUUAUGCUGCAUUGUGCUCUUUUUAACAAACUGAUAUACAAAUCUUUCCCUUAUGGUUUUUUUUUGUUGCUAUUAUGACAAUGAAACCAUUUUUGCCACAAAGUAAGCGACACCCCAUUAACCAUUGAGCAGAAGUCUUUUAUGCACAUCGAAACAGAUACUUUCACAACGUAACUAUCGUUCACUCUUGUGACAGAACUUUGUGAUAGAACUCUCUGUGUCAACCAGGUUUACAGCUUUACAAACCAAAAUGUUUGGUAAAUUUUCGUGUAUGCUAGUGGUACAAAAUGACUGAAUUCUCUGUAAAAUCUUUAUCUGUUCUCAUGACAGAGAAAAAGUGCCAAACAUUUUUUGUCUGUUACCUAGCUGUGCUUCCAGUACUUUUAUUCUUAUGAAAAAUAUUUUGUACAGUUAUCUCAAACUUCUUCAUGUAUUUAACGUAAAGCUGAAUCAUUCUAAUGCCAUGUAAUGACAUUGUGACUUUCAUAUUCAAUCAACUAAUAUUAUUAAUGUUACAAUUACAUUACAUAUACUAUAAUAAUUUUCUGCAACAGUUGCUCAGAAGAUCUUUCUUAGAAAUUUUUCAACAUUUUGAUAGAAUAUCAUAAGUAGGUUUUGAAAUUAUGUAUUUCAUCCAUAAAGUGUACAUUCUUGAAAAUUUUAAUCCUGUAGUUGACAAUACUGCAGUCAAUAAAAUAUCUACAGCAUUAUUUUAAUUUUCACUGUUUAAAAUUUAAGAGGUCUUGAAAUGUAAUUUAUAAAUUGAGUUUUUUUAUAUUUCAUGUUAUUUAUUUUUUGUAAGAUUUAAAUUUAUUUCAUAACAUUAUAAAUGAAGUUGCUCAGAGCAAUGACAAAGUCUGUGAAUUCAUAGACGCAGUUACUUUGGUUAAAAUUAACCUCCCGUAAAAAUUGUCUUUUUGAGAUUGUAGUAUAGAAUUAUUUAAACCUAGAGUGAUCUCUUAGACCAAUAUUUUAAGUAGUAAUUUUAAGCUUUACUGAAUAAUUCAAAAACCAUCGAAAUUUACGUCACAAAUAUUUUUCUUUUACAUUGGUAUGUUGAUCUGUUGACUGUUGUGAUCAAGUGUUUGACUGAAACCUUUGUGCUGUGUUGUAUCAGAUGUGUUUACUAUACUCGUUGCUCCCCGGGUAAACACAGUAACACAACUGAACCUCUAAACUCCAAUGCACUUGUUCAGUACGAGUGCAGAGUUUUGUGUUGGUGUUUUCGAAGGAUCACUUGUAUUUUUCAGAGCUUUCUGUUUUAGUUAAAUAUCAGAGCUGACAACACACUACAUAAAUAAACUGCCUACAUGGAAACCCAGCCAUCUGCUGGGAUAAGGUUUUACAUGUUAAAUAUUAUUUAGCACAAUUAAACUAUUUUUCAGAAUAUCACAUUCAAACAAAUCUCACACUGUGCAUUGCCAAGACAAGAACAUGGCUAUAAGAAGGUCAGUACAAAAAAUUAUUAUUUUGUGUUUAAAUGUUUGACACACACUUACAAGAACUUCUUUGUAAUUUUUUUUCUUUUAUGGCCAUGUUCUUUGCUUUACAAUACGUUGCGUGGUUUUUGUUUUGUGAUAAAAGGUUAAUAAUGCCAGAUAUUAAUUAACCUGUACAAUCAUAUCAAUGUGCAUGUUUGGGUCUCCAGGUAGACUGCAUUAUGCUCGUAAUUAAAGAGGGAAAAAAACAUUUAUUGUAAUCUCAGUAUUCCAAGUACAUUGUUAUGUUGUUUGUACUCAGUCAUAUGUAGAACUAUCUUGAGGGAAUGGAAAGUGCAAGUCAUCCAGAUAGUUUCAGAUUUCUCUCAAGAAAAUAGUUUCUUAGAAAACAACCAUGUAUCCAGGUUUGUUUAAACCAUCACACCAAUCAUUAUGCUGUUUUUUCAUUCAGAGUACAAUACCCACGUCUAUUUGAAAUGAACGUUCUGCCUCAUUAUGUAAUAAUUGUGCAAAUGAAUUGAAGUUAUGAUGCCCUACAAUUUUAAUUUCUGUAGUUGUGGUUUUCCUAUCCAUAUAUGUGACUGAACUAUUGGUAACUAUCUACACAGUUUAAAUAAUAAUUGUAAAACAUGUUAAAAAUACAUUACAUUCCUGAACUUUGUUUAAAGCAAAACCAUGGCAGACCAUGUACCAUUCCAUUGUUAUCAAAGCCUAUGUUUCACGUGCACAGCACAUUUGAAGCCCAACCCACUUUAUAUAAGAACAGGAGAGAACUUGCCUUGUAGUUCCUAAUGUAUAAUGCUGCACAUGGUUAACCAAACCCAGUUUUCUUUUCGUCAACCAUUCACGUCACAAAAAAAAAAAAAAAAAAAAUUUCACAGAGCAAUUUAACGUUAAGUUCUCUCGGUGGUUUUUUAAAGAUAACUAUAACAAUUUUACAUUUAUGAUUAUUUUGAAAUAACCUUUAGUACAAUGUGCUAUUCAGCACAAGAAAACAUUUACUUUCACAAGGUUUGCUAUAGCUCCGUAUAAUAUUGCCAUAUUAGAAUAAAAGUUAAACUACUUUAAAUGUCUUAUUUUACAAAUACCUUAAUUAUUUGCCAUGACAUAUCACUAUACAUAUUACCCAUUGUUAGAAGAAUCUACAAGUGUUUAUAUGCUAGUUAGCAGCUACCAAAUGUUUAUUUUGUACUUAACAUAUGAUUGUUAUUUGACUGCCAUUUAAGCUUUUUAUAGUAUUAUUUGUCCAAUUUAAAAUAGUUUUAAGAGAUAAAUAAAUAUGAAUACUAUUAUAUUGAUAGUGAUUGAUAAUUGCCAUAUUUGUAUAGCACUGAAAUUGUUACAUUAUUCAGAAGCAAUGAAUUUUAAUGCAAAUGUAAAUUGUUGAGUACUGGUAACGUUAUUGUUACACAAAAUUUUUUUUUUGCAUCAAACACAGUUUGUUGUUGUAAUUAGAUGUAUAUAUAUUUUCUUAAUAAUUUUGAUGUUGUAUAUUACUAAGUGUCAGAAAAUGUGACAAUAAAUUUUGUGAUAUAAGAAUAAAGUUGCCGCUAAAGA